AUGGCUCUCGGUCCAAAAGGUCAUGAUCGUUAUCGUAAUCCCUACACCCAACAAAUGACUCCAGCAUUAUAUCGAGUCCGUGCACCAUUCUUUUGGCGUAAUGUAGCUGGAUUGAUUGUUUUUUCAGCCAUACCUGCUGCCGUGUAUGGAUUUACUUAUUAUAAAAUGACGGCGGAUGAAUUUGAUGAUAUUCCAAUCCCACCUAUUUCAGAUGAAGAAUUGAAGAAAUUGAAAGUGGAAUAUGAAGCAAGUAAAGCUGCUGCAGCUGCUGAAAAUAAGUAG